AAGAAAGGGACGGCGCGGGGGAGGGAGAGAGAGUGUGGGAGAAGUUGUUUCCCUCCAUUUUUCUCAGAAGCAGUGGGGCAUGAGGCUGCCCCAGCUGACCCCACAGUGGUUUGGAGUAAGAGGUUCGGCCAGAGGGGUCUGAACACGUCACCCCCGACGUCCCGCCGAGCCUCUCCCCCCCAACGGCUACCCCUUACUGCCACAGACCACGAAGCCGUGCCGGCACCUCUCCCAUCGCCCCUCCUGGCUUCGACUCAGACACUUUGAUUGGCGAGUACAACCCCCUACGCGCACUAUAAAAGGAAGCAACACAUCUGGGCAUUCGUUCAUUCAUUUCAUUUCAUUUAUUCCCGGGUAGCUCGCUGUCUAUUUUUACCGCAUUGGACUCGUGAAGUUUUCUUCCAGAUGAAGAAAUGGCAAGGACAUGGCUGAUUGAUAGUAGAGGGAUCGCAAGAAAAGUUAAGAAUGCUACUCAACUUUCUAGCUGUCAAAUAGCUGAAUGGAGUACUGAAGCAAAGAGGCAAUGCCCCAAUUGCAAUUAUGAAAUUGAUAACAGUGAUGUCUCAACUGAAUGGCCGGGCCUGCCUGCGGGUGUCAAGUUUGAUCCAUCUGAUGUAGAGCUUUUAAAACAUUUAGCUGGCAAAGUUGGAUAUGGGAAUGCCAAGCCUCAUUUGUUUAUUGAUGAAUUCAUUCCAACACUUGAUGGAAAAGAUGGAAUCUGUUUUACUCAUCCUGAGAAUUUGCCAGGCAUUAAGAAGGAUGGAAGUAGUGUUCACUUCUUUCAUCGCACUACCAAUGCAUAUAAUACAGGCCAUCGUAAACGUCGAAAGAUUCACAUGGGAUGUGACUUAACUGCCCAGGUACGAUGGCAUAAGACAGGAAAAACAAAACCUGUCAUUGAAAAUGGGGUGCAAAAAGGUUGUAAGAAGAUAAUGGUUCUUUAUUCAAGUUCAUCAAAGGGCAACAAAGCUGAUAAAGCAAAUUGGGUGAUGCACCAAUACCAUCUUGGGACAGAAGAUGAUGAAAAGGAUGGAGAAUUUGUAGUGUCAAAAGUAUUUUACCAACAUGGUGAGAAAAAUUCCAGCAGAUCAAAGGGCAGAUAUGAUGUUGGUAAGGAGGCCACCAAUCAAUCAAGGGAAAACAUGGAUGAUAAGACACUUGAAGCCAGUCCAAGGACUCCUAAGACAAGUACUCCAAAUCCACCUAGGCUUGGAAAACAUAGUUUAUUUGAAGAUGGUGAUGAAAGAGAAACACAUUGUUGUUUAUUGCCCGUGCAGGAGGAUGUUGGGUCAGACGCAAUGUGGUGGUUUGGUGAAUCUCAGGCAGUAGAUGAGCCUGAUGAUGCUCUCUUGGACAAAUCUCUUUUCUGCGAUGAAAUACUUGAGGCUUACUCCACUGUUCAGGAGCUAGGGCUGGAGCAACCGCUUCCUCUUACAGAGUUGAAUGACGUCAAAAUUGAUUUUGAGAAAGAAAUUGGUGUCGGAUCCAGCAUUGUUGAUCUUGAUGACAUGCAUCUUGGAACAUUGCCGGAUCUUGCUGAUUUGCAGUUUGGCUCCCAGGAAAGUAUCAUGAGUUGGUUAGACAGGCUGUAACUGGAUGCGCAAUUGAAUCCAUAAUGCAUCUGGCUGCUGGCAAAUUUUGUUGUAUUUAUUUAUCAUAUACGUUAGCUUCUCUAAGUUCAUUUUCUUUUCAUGUAUAUAUUUCUGGUGCUUGCUUUUCCCGAAAGUAAAGGCACCAGCAAGAUGCUAUCAAUCUCCUUACUGGACAUUGCAUAGCUAUUAUACUACUGUUGUUUUUGGACAGCACUUGUGUAGUAACCGUUUGAAGUACCAUAUGACGACCAAAGCUUUCUCAAAU